ACGAGCACGUCGUAACGUUGACAGAUGGCGAACGCGCGAGUAUUUGCUGACGGGCUAGCAUGACGCGAGGAGACUUUAGUCAUUGUUGUUCAAACUGAUAUUUGUUCAAAAAAAGCGGAACAAUGCCACUCACACCUCUCGUAUACUGGGCUCAACGCCACGAAGACAUUUACCUGCGAGUGGAGCUCACAGACGCACAGGAUAUUGAUGUGCAUGUACAUGAAAACGUGCUUCAGUUUAGAGCCCAGGGCCAUGGUGCGAAAGGACAAAAUGACUACGAGUUUAGCUUGGAGUUUCUUUCCCCAGUAAAGUCAGAGGUGAGCCACAGGUCCACGCAGCGGCAGGUGAGCAUCACGGUGCAGAAAGGGCAGCGAGGCUGGUGGGAGAGACUGACGCUGAAGGAGCGCAAACCAGUGUUCUUGGCUCCUGACUUUGACCGUUGGCUGGACGAGUCAGAUGCUGAGAUGGAGAUCCGGGAAAAAGAGGAGAAAAGGAACAGGCUGAAGGCUUCCAGGCAUAAAGAGGAAGGGUUUAUCAGCCUGAAAACAGCAUUUCUGUUUGUCUAUAACCUGGUGCAGUUCCUUGGUUUUUCAUGGAUCUUUGUCAACAUGACCGUGCGGCUCUUCAUCUUUGGCCAAGAUUCUCUCUACGACACAUUUCACACCAUAUCGUACGUGAUGUUCUUCUGCCAGAUCUUGGCUGCAGUUGAAGUCCUCAACGCCGCUUUUGGUGUUGUCCACUCGGGUGUCGUUCCAACUCUUAUACAGGUGGUUGGAAGGAAUUUUGUCCUCUUCAUCAUUUUUGGUAGUUUGGAAGAAAUGCACAACCGGCCUGUUGUGUUCUUCGUCUUCUACCUGUGGAGUGCCAUUGAGAUUGUACGGUAUCCAUUUUACAUGCUGGGCUGCUUCAAUACAGAGUGGAAAACUCUCACGUGGCUGCGGUACACAAUCUGGAUACCACUCUAUCCAUUAGGUGUUUUAGCAGAAGCUGUUGCUGUAAUACAAUCCAUUCCCAUCUUUGAUGAGACCAAACUCUUCAGCAUUCCUCUGCCGAAAGCCAUCGGUAAUUCCGUCAGCUUCUCUUACGUCCUGUACAUGUAUCUGGUCGUCAUGUUCUUGGUAAGUUUGCAUAUAAAUCAUUAUCUAUAAACAUUUGAGCAAAUGUGGUCUAAUGUCAACAUGUUUGUACUGAUACCAAUCUUUUGGUUUUGUAUUUUAGGACUGUUUAUCAACUUUCGUCAUCUGUACAAGCAGAGGAAGAAGCGUUUCCGCACCAAAAAGAGGAAAGCUAACUGAGAACAGUUAAAACAGAAACAACAUCUCUGCUGCCCGCAUGGUUAAAAUGUUUUUAAACCAUGCUCUGGUCAAACAGUUUUUGUUAUGAAGAUAAUUUCCUUUUCCACAGUUUUCCUUACUAAAAUAAUUUAAUUAGUGGUCAACAUGAACAUCUCACAGAUGAUGCAAUAUUUCAUCAUUGUACUGACAGUCUCAUUUACUGAUGAUUAAUCUCUUGGAUGUAAAAAUAUAUUUUGUAGAUUAGUUAAAAGCUGUAAUAAGCCAUAGAACCUGAUAUCCUGUGUGAUUACAUUGGUUUUUCUUAUCGUCUGUGAUUUUUAAUGCAGUGUAGUCCUGCUGAUGUCAUUUAUAAUACAAUGUGUAUGAAUGAAGAAAGCACGAAGUUCUCAACAAAUACUGUAUUUGUUAUCAGUCCGGAUUUCUGAAACAUCUCACAAACCUCAGGGACCAUUACACUGGUGACUGCUAAAAUACAAGUUUUCUGUCCCUUCAGUAACCUGAUUUGUAGAAACUGUAUGUUGGCAAUUAUCUGAAUUUUGAAAACCAAUGUUGACAGGUUUACUACAAUGAAUAAAAAGUUAAUAAAAUGAUGGUCAAUUUGUGAAAAA